UUCUUUUGUUUUCCUUCCAAUUCCUCCCAACCAAAUAAAGGCUAUACUCUCGAGUCUACCCGACGAUUUGCGUAGGUAAUUCAUAGGUUUAUAAACCCUAACCCCCUUUCAGAGGUAGAAAGACAAAAAGGAUGAAGAUAGCAGUGGAAGGAUGCAUGCAUGGUGAUCUCGACAAUGUCUACAAAACUAUUGCUGAUUUGGAGAGAGACGAAAACACCAAAAUCGACCUUCUCAUUUGCUGCGGCGACUUUCAGGCUGUUAGAAACAAAAAGGAUUUGGAGAGUUUAAAUGUAAAACCUAAAUAUAGGCAAAUGAAUACUUUUUGGAAAUACUACUCAGGAAAAGAAGUAGCUCCUGUGCCAACUAUUUUCAUUGGUGGAAAUCACGAAGCAUCCAACUACCUUUGGGAACUGUACUAUGGUGGAUGGGCUGCACCUAACAUAUUCUUUUUGGGUUUUGCUGGGGUGAUCAAGUUUGGCAGCAUUCGAAUUGGUGGAUUGUCGGGGAUAUACAAUUGUCGCCAUUAUAGUUUAGGGCAUUUUGAAAGACCUCCAUACAAUGAGAGUGAUAUACGGUCCAUUUACCAUGUUCGUGAAUAUGACGUCCACAAGCUUAUGCAAGUUAAGGAGCCAAUCGAUAUAUUUCUUUCACAUGAUUGGCCGCUUGGUAUUACUGAUUGUGGAAACUGGAGAGAACUUGUCAAGAAGAAGCCCUCCUUUGAAAAAGAGAUUCAGGAACGAACUCUUGGUAGUAAGCCUGCUGCUAAGUUGCUGGAGAAGUUGAAGCCUUCUUAUUGGUUUUCGGCUCACCUGCACUGCAAAUUUUCUGCCCUUGUUCAGCAUGGCGAAGGUGGUCCUAUGACAAAAUUUCUUGCACUUGACAAGUGCUUGCCUGGUCGCAAAUUCUUACAGAUUAUUGAAAUCGAAUCUGACCCUGGACCAUUUGAAAUAUGUUAUGAUGAAGAAUGGCUUGCGAUUACUAGGACAUUCAAUGUAGCCUUCCCCUUAACUGCAAGGCCUGCUGAUUUGCGGAGUGUUCAAGCUGACACAGAAGGUUCACGUCAGUGGGUCAGGAGUAAGCUAAACACAAGAGGGAAUAAACCCUUUGAAUUCACACGAACAGCUCCGUGCCAUGAUCCCUCUCAACCUGUUUUUAACGGUUCCUCUGCCGAACAUCAUCGGAAUCCUCAGACAAAAGCACUUUUGAAGUUCCUUGAGCUGCCAUAUCUUCUUGAUAACUCCACUGCACGCAAUGAGCCGAGUUCUUACUCUCCAUCGGUAUCUAAAGCUGGCCCUUAUUCUAUUAAUAAUGAAGAUAUUCCUAUUGAUGAUGUGGAUGAACUAGAGGAGCUGACGGCCGCUGAUACUGAAGAAUAGACAAAAAUUGCACUCACAGCUUUUGUGGUGUCAAUGUAUUGCGGCUUACACCCAGUCGUGAACUCGUGAUGAUUUAACACGAAGUCAAUAUUAUCAGCAGGAGCGUCUGGGUCUGGCAACCAUUUCUUACCGGAAAAGAGAAAUCUUAACAUAAUGAUCCUCCUCAACAAUAUUACUGCAAUUCGAUUACAAAUGCAGGUAUUUGUGUGAGCUUGAAUGGCUUUUAUCAUCGGAAAGGAUUUGUUGCAACUCCUGUGAAUAGGAAGCCCUGUGACACAUGUGGCGUGUAAUAGAAAGUAAUUUCUUGCAAUUCUUAUUGUUGUUGAGGAGGUAUACAGAAGAAGCAUGAGGGUGAAACCCAACUGCCAAAUUAGUAUAUAUGUAACUUCACAUCGAUUGGAGGCGGUUUCUUAGAAUAUGUCAGUUAUUAGUGUAGGUCUUUAAAACAAGGGAUUUCAGAAGUAUACUAGUGUAGGGAGCCGUUACUUUGGAGGUCUUGACUCCUGAGCUUUGAUUAAGUUUACCGUUUUUACAUUUAUGUAACGAAAGUGACCCGAUGUAUGCAUUAUGUUUGCUAAAGUGGACGUCUUGGCCACACUAACUUUGAGAAAUAGGACACAACUUCGCA